AUGGUAGUAUAUUCACUGUUUGGUUACCCAAGACCAUAUGUGGUUAUCACUGACUACGAGCUUGUCAAAGAAGCUUUUGCGAAAAAAGGUGACGAUUUCGCGGGUCGAAGUGGGAUAUUCCCUGACACCCUUCUCCAGAAUGUUGAAAAUGGUGGAGUGAUUUUUUCCCAGGGAGAAAACUGGAAAGAACAACGCCGAGCCUCUCUUCAUAUCCUCAGAGAUUUCGGAAUGGGGAAAAACUUAAUGGAAGAACAGGUGCUGCUCUCAGCACAGGAUUUCCUCAAGAAUUUGUCUUCCAUCGAGAACAAAGACGAGAUUAAUCUAAGAUGGCCUAUUCAGGGUGCGUCGAACGCUUCUUUCGUUAAAAUAUGUUGUAUUAACUUCAAAGAA